GAAGAUUCUGUUUCAGGUAAUUGAGUCGCGACAGAUGGGCACGACGACUGGUUGCCGACGCGCCUGACACCGAAAAAGCCCCAGUCAAGAGAGGGAUUAUUUUAUAGACUGACCACUCCUGCUUGUCAAUUCUACCUGGCGGAUUGUCUCAAGAAUCAUGAAUAUGUCACCCCACGACCUGAGGAAAAAUAUACGAGAGCUGGCAUUAGAGAUUGGCAUACGGGUUCUUCUUUUCGGAGUUUUUGUAUUCACAGAGUUCCUGGAGCCCUUUGAGAGAGUGAUCCAGCCAGAGGAGCUGUGGCUCUACAAAAAUCCCUUGGUGGAGUCGGACCACAUCCCCAAGAGGGUCAUGUUCGCGAUUUCAUUUCUCACUCCGUUGGCUGUGAUAUUUGUGGUGAAGAUCAUUCAGCGGACAGAUAAGACAGAAAUCAAGGAGGCGUGUCUAGCUGUCUCACUUGCUCUGGCUUUGAAUGGAGUCUUCACAAACACUAUCAAGUUGAUAGUUGGCAGGCCCAGGCCAGACUACUAUCAGCGCUGUUUCCCAGAUGGACAGGUGAAUAUUAAGAUGCUGUGCACCGGAGAACCAGACCUAGUGUCAGAGGGACGCAAGAGUUUCCCUAGCAGCCACUCCUCCUUUGCGUUCUCUGGCUUGGGCUUCACCUCCUUCUAUCUGGCUGGGAAGCUGCAGUGCUUCACAGACGGGGGCCGCGGGUGCAGCUGGCGUCUGUGUGCCAUGUUGCUGCCUCUCUACAGUGCUUUGAUGAUCGCCCUGUCCCGCACCUGCGACUACAAACACCACUGGCAAGAUGCCUUUGUUGGAGGGGUGAUCGGCCUGCUUUUUGCCUACAUCUGCUACCGACAGCACUACCCUCCGUUCCUGCACAUGGACUGCCACCUGCCUUAUGCCAGUCUGGACAAAGCCCCCCACCUCAUUUCUGCCCAGGGCGAUCCUCGGGUCCUGCCCACUGAGAACGCCACCAGCCUGCCUCUGAAGGGAAUGACGGAGGGGCCUGUAUGACUCCUGCCCACCCCUACCUCCAGACACAGUCUCUAACCCCACCCUCACCCCAGGACCACCCAACCCGC